AUGGUCUGGUGGCCCUUCUCAUCCACGAACGGAGGAGGUUCGACGCUGCCGGCGACAGGAUCAAGCGCCGUCGAUGAGGCGCCCGAUGAUCCGAUCGCGUCGACACAGGGACAGCAACGACAGGGACAGCGUCGCUCCAAUGAGAUCAACGGCGUUCAAGCCGUUUCCCACGGCACCACUCGAAGUCGACGAGCCUCUGUAUCUACCAAGUUAGUGGCAACCCCUUUCAUUGUUCUCGUUAUCGUCUUGACUCUUUUGCGUCGUUGCGGAGGCUUUCGUUCGCCGCCGGCGCUCAGCCGAUCCUCGGGCUUGUUUGAGCCUACCGAGCACCGAGCGCCCCACGUACUGCCCAGUCGCCGCAGGCGCGGGCGAAGGCGCGGGCGCGGCGUGGGUGUGUUCCAAUCACGCGCAAGUCGAUUGAGACACAUCGAAAAAGCGUGGGGUUGAGGUGAGCAAGAUCAUCGAGGCCCGCGUAGCGACCGACGAUCAGUUUGUCAAAUUGCACAAAAAAUAGUCGAGCUACGGACAAAAGACGAAGGAAUUUUACAAACUCUGCGCGACGCUCUGAUCACGCCGAAACUAACUCACCCCUUCCGAUUUGGUAACCUGCCCGGCCCCCGCCGUCACGUGCUCACUGCUGCCCACAGUCAAGAUCCGAAUCGACGAGGCCAGCAAGGGAACGCGAGCAUGGCCGCAACCUGGGCGACCUUGCUCGAGCCCUUCAAUAAAAGCGACGAACUACCCCCUCAAGCCCGUACGGACCCGCAUAUCCCCCAGCGUGAACAGGAGCCCAUGACGUUGACCAAGUUGUGGCAGUAUCUUCCCUUCCUCGCCGUGCAAGGUCAGCAUUUGCCCCUCUCCUGACUUAUGAAUGUUCGUGGAUGUCUACUCCAAGACUGACAUAAUUAUGCUCGUACUGAUUACUAGGCACGUCUUUAACGAAAGCCUUUAUCAACCACCACCUUUAUGGACCGCCGAAGCCAUCGUGGGGCAUCGAGUUGACGCUUUUCACGGCGCUCUUGCGCGAGGUUGCCGCUUACUCGCAUCUCUCAUCACUUUCUCGCCUGAGGUGAGCUUAAUUGCCACUGAUAGAUUAACUUGAUCCAUAACUUAUGCGAACUGCCUUCACACAGGGACGUUGUCAACCUAGCACCUUUAUUGCCGACGCCGAAAGACGGAAUCGUAACACCCAUCUCAUUCCGCGUCAAGCGUCGCAACCUACGAGGGUUCCUCGCCGAAGCUGAUGCAGCCGAGGACGGGAAACGCAUGAUCACGGGUGAAUGGGUUAUCAAUAAGCGUUUGUGGCGGCGCAUGCAGACCGAAUACGCGGUCAAGAAAUCGGUCGACCAGGACGCGCGCGUGAUCCUGUACCUUCACGGCGGCGCCUAUUACAUCAUGAGCGCCGAAAGUCAUCGCUUCCUGACCAUCUCUUGCUCGCGGUACCUCGAAUCGCGAGUGUUCGCCAUCAAUUACCGACUCGCACCCGAGACGCGCUUCCCCGGCCAACUCCACGACGCCGUCUCGGCUUACAUGCGGUUGAUCAUCGACCUCAAGAUCCCGCCUGAAAACAUCCUGGUCGUCGGUGACUCAGCCGGUGGAGGACUAUCACUGGCCCUGAUGAUGUACCUGCGUGACGAAGGAUAUCCUUUGCCUUCGGGUGGGAUUCUGAUGAGCCCUUGGGUCGACUUGACCAUGUCGUGCGAGAGUUGGACGACGAACCGCUCGUUCGAUUAUCUGCCUUCCCCAAAGACCGACGAUGCGCUCAAUCCCGUCAAGUGUCUCCUCGGCGCCGAGGGAAUUCUUAGUCAGUCUUGCUGUUCCCGCACUGUCUUCACUUCGAGUGCAGUCGCUGACUAUUUCAAGCCAUACAGAAUACCUGACGCACCCUUACGUCUCUCCGUUGUUCGGUGACUUCGAUCGAUUACCGCCGCUGCUCAUCCAGGCCGGCGACGCCGAGGUCCUGCGCGACGAGGUCACGCUCUUGGCGCACAAGGCCUCUCUCGCCGGUGUCGCCGUCGAACACGAGAUCUUUGAAGACUGUGUGCACGUCUUCCAUGCGUUUUUAUUCCUCGAGGCAUCGCGCAAGGCGUUCCAAAGUCAACGGCACUUCGUCAAGCACAAGCUGCCGCUGUUGAAGCAGGCCAAGAAUGUCGAUUUUAGCCAGAUCGAUCGCGACAUCGCAGCGGAUGCGCAUCAGGUCGACGAGCGAGGACACGCGAAUGCAACCUCUUUGCCUGCAUCGCCAAGUCCAACCACAGGGCAUAGCCAGCUGCACUCCGAGCCGGACGAGGUCGAGAGCGACGAAUCGGACAGUGAGAGGCUGUCGGGCAACUCGACACCCGAGGGAACCGCUUCUCCGUCUGCGGCUGAUGCAGGGGCAUCCGACCCAACGAGCGUUGAUAUGGAUCUGACACCGUCCGAAGCUUCCACAAGCACGAAUGUAAACGGCGCGCAGCCGAGACCUUCCCUGCGAGCCUACACUUCUGCUCGCAACCUCGGCAUGAGCAACCUCAACCUCACCCCGAGCGCGGACGGGAACGACGCGAACGAAUCGAGCACAAGACCUCGCCCGCCGAUUCGAACGAUGAGCUCGCUGCACAGUCGAUCAUCGUCGCAUCCCGAUCUGAGACACCUGUUGGAGGAAUACGAGACGACGGGGCCGAGGCAUGUGACGAAGGUGAUCAGUUCUUCAAGAGGAGGGCAUACGACACCACCCGUUCACGAGGCCUCGAUUGCUUCGUCGAUCGCUUCCCUCGGGGCCAAGGAGGGUCAAGACGCACCCGUCAUGUCGCCAGAUGAGGUGGAGCUACUGGUCAGGUUGGAGAAGGAACGGCAGAAUACUUUGAAUGCGGCGGCGGCGAGUGGAAGCACAUCUGCCCCGCUCUCUGACGAGAUGAUGGCGACAAAUACGAGCACGCCCCACCGCAAGCGAGCGCCUUCCUUCAUGGGCGAUUCACCCGGAUUCAAUGGAUUUACCUGA